ACACUGAAAAAAACUAAAUCUUGAUGGAACAGAGAUAGUAUAAAGAAGAGACAAUUGAACAAGUAAAAGCCCUAGAGCCUAGAUUAUAUUUUGCUAAAGAGAAGAAGCAUCGAGAAGAUAGUUCUAAAGUCUUCUCCUUUAACCCUCUCAAAUGUUUCACCGGUUCUGUUCCUCUCUCUCUCGCUCCUCCAUCAUCUUCCCCAAAUCCAUAAAGUCUCCUCCUUUACCUUUCCCUCGCUCCCUCCGUCGAUUUCCUCCCUCUCUCUCCUUCUCCUCCUUCAAAAUGUCCGAUACCGACAAACCAAUCCCAUCUCCGACCAAACAAGAAACCCUCCGCUCUCUCGAAUCCCACCUCGGCUCCCCCUUCACCUCCUCCCCCAUCAUCCCCCCUCCCAACCAACUCAUCAUCGUCAUCUCCGGCCCCAGCGGCGUCGGCAAAGACGCCGUCAUCAACAAGCUCCGAGAAGCCCGCGAACACCUCCACUUCGUCGUCACCGCCACCAGCCGCCCGAUGCGUCCCGGCGAAGUCGACGGCAAAGACUACUUCUUCGUCACCAGAGACGACUUCUUAUCAAUGGUGGAGAACGAGGAGCUUUUAGAAUACGCCUUGGUCUACGGAGAGUACAAAGGCAUCCCCAAGAGGCAGAUCCGCGAGUCCAUGUCCAAAGGGGAAGACAUCGUCCUCAGAGUCGACAUCCAGGGAGCGCAGACGCUGCGGAAGAUCCUCGGGAGCUCCGCGGUGUUUGUGUUCUUGGUGGCUGAGAGCGAGGUCGCGAUGGUGGAGAGGUUGGUCGAUAGGAAGACGGAGAGACAGGAGGAGUUGCUUGUGAGAGUGGCGACGGCGAGGGAGGAGGUUAGGCAUUUGAAGAGCUUUGAUUACGUUGUGGUUAAUGCCAAAGGGAGGCUUGAUGAUGCGGUGAGGCGCGUGGAGGCUAUUAUUGAUGCGGAGAAGUCUAGAGUUCACCAGAGGGUUGUCAGAAUUUGAUGGUAUCCAUUGCUUUGUGGCGUAUUGCUCGCUGACUUCAGAUUUGAUUUCAUCACAGAACAAAAAGUUUACAAGGAUUGUGUUUUUUUUUUUGUUUUGUUUGUUGAUUAAUAUAUCAUAUCUUUACAUUUUACAUGGAUAGAUUAUGUUAUCAUCAUUCUCACAAUUUGGUUACAUCCUGUUACUUAAA